CACUUUAAAUUUGGCGCCUUUUGAACUGUAAAACCAAAUGAGUGGCAACGCCAGGCCUUAUGGCAUUUCCCUCUGCUACACAAACGGGCACACCAUUUCAGAAGAAGAACAUCAACAAAUGUGGGGUGCAACACGUGCGCCUUCUUUUUCGACGAUUUAUUGAAUAAAAAACAGCUAAAACAAUGGAAUUAUUUACAGUAAAUCGAUACACAGAGGAUCUAAAGAGUCCGAAGGACAAGGAGCAAAAGACAUCAAAUGAAGAUGAAAUUCUGCAAAAACUGCUACUAAAGGCAGCCAAACGAAAGAGGAAACACGAGAAAAGUGAAACCACAAAGCAGCAGGAAGCACCACCAGCGGAGAAACCCACAGUGGAGGACACAAAAGUAGACGAAGAAGAGGAAAAGGCGGCAAAAGAAACCCCAAAAGAGACAGCCGCAGCAGAGGAGGACGCAACUAAUUCACAAGAUUUCCAAAUACUUGGCGGCGAUGACUCUGCCAAGCGCAAGCGAGUGACAGAGGUGCUGCCCCCCUGGCUGGCAUAUCCCACCAUUAUCGAAGGGGGCAACCUCCUGCCAGACGACGACGACGACUUGGAAGCUGGCAAAGACGAGACGUCCAUCGAGAAUCUAAGCUACCUGAAAGAUCACACACGACAGGCGCUCAAGCAGAUGAAGAUCAAGCGGCUGUUUCCCGUGCAGCGUACCGUCAUACCAUGGAUCCUGGAGGCACAGGGCAAGCCGGCGCCCCUACGCCCACGUGACAUUUGUGUGUCGGCACCCACGGGCAGCGGCAAGACCCUGGCCUUUGCCAUACCCAUUGUCCAGCUGCUGAACAAUCGAGUGCGCUGCAAGGUGCGCGCCCUGGUGGUGCUCCCAGUGGCCGAACUGGCGCUGCAGGUCUUCAAGGUGAUUCGUGCGCUGUGCAGCAAAACAGAGCUGGAGGUCUGCCUCCUGUCCAAGCAGCAUCGCCUGGAGGAUGAGCAAGAGAAGCUGGUGGAGGUGUACAAGGGACAGAUGUACAGCAAGGCUGACAUUGUGGUCACAACACCAGGUCGUCUGGUGGAUCAUCUGCAUGCCACCAAGGGCUUUUGCCUGAAGAGCUUGAAAUUUCUGGUCAUUGACGAGGCGGAUCGCAUCAUGGAUGCCUUCUUCCAGAACUGGCUCUACCAUUUGGACAAUCAUGUGCGGGAGACUACAAAUCAGCUGCUGGCUGGCACUCAGCCUCCACUUUGCCUAAAAGAACUGCACGCCACGUAUGGGAAGGUGCCCCAUAAGCUUCUAUUCUCUGCAACGAUGUCGCAGGAUCCCGAGAAGCUGCAGAAUCUGAGACUCUUUCAGCCCAAGCUCUUUACCACGGUGUUUGCCCUGCCCGUGCCAAGGAGUGAGGAGCAGGUGGAUGCUGAUUCAGAGACGACUCAAAACACUGGACACUUUGCGGGCAAAUACACGACUCCGGCGGAGCUAACGGAGCAAUUCUGUGUGACGGAGCUGCGAAUCAAGCCGCUGACACUGUUUGCGCUCGUGGAGAAGUACCAGUGGAAGCGUUUCUUGUGCUUCACCAACAGCACGGACACGGCCAAUAGAUUGGCCUUUGUGAUGCGCCAACUUUUCUCCUCGGGGCCAAUCAAGGUGGCCGAGCUAUCCGGCAAACUGUCGGCUCUGGUGCGCACCAAAACCCUGACGGACUUUGCCAGGGGCCGCAUCAAUGGUCUGAUCUGCUCCGAUGCUUUGGCGCGUGGUAUCGAUGUGGCCGAUGUGGAUGUGGUGCUCUCCUACGAGACGCCGCGUCACAUCAAGACCUACAUCCAUCGUGUGGGUCGUACGGCUCGUGCUGGAAGGAAGGGCACAGCCGUCACAUUGCUCACGGAACAGGAGCAGGCGCAGUUCAAGAAGAUGCUCAACGAAGUGGGCAAAGCCCUGGGCGAGGAGAUCACUGUGUCGGCAGACACUGAGGUCCGUCAUGCGGAUAUCUACAAGAAGGCAAUGGAGCAGCUGCGCAGGCGACAGGAGAAGGAAAAGACCCAGAAGAUUGUCCAGAAGCGACGCGUGGCCCAGCGAACAGUGCUACACAAAAAUCAAGAGGAAGCCGCCGCCAAUCCCAGUCGCCCUCUGACAUUGAUGCAGAAGCUGCAGCUGAAGGCAGGAGGAGUGGGACAGCUGGAGGAUAAACCCCAGCAGAAGGAGAACAAAUCGCAAGCUAAAGCGGCAAAUGGCAAAGGAAAAUCAAAGCCCAAACCCAAGGAGACCAAGAAGCAACGUUUGGCCAAGCAGCGAAAGGCCAUCGAGGAGUAAAGAUUGUUUGCUGAUUUAAUUUAGAAAUGAUUGUGUAUAUAGGUUAAUAUAUA